GCUCCCUGCUUAAUCUCGCCGUUGUUACCCUUCUUCUUACAUUAAUUGUCCACUGCGCGCGCUAGCUCCUAGACUCGUCUCUACUACCUGGAAAGCUGAAGCUAGCCAGCGCUAGCUUCCUUGCGGCCGCCGGCCGGACAUGGGUGCUCAGAGUUGCUGCGAUGCCGUUGCCGGCACUGCACCGGCGGCCACAAGGCGCCUCAAAUUGACAAGGCCAUCGGCGUCGCUCAUGAAGGCGAGAAAGCUAAGAAAGAAGGCUGCCGGAUGCAAACGCACAAGGGCGGCAGCGUCGAGGAAGCGCGUGAUGGCGAUCAGGAGGAAGAUGGAAGCGCUGAGGAGGCUCGUGCCACUGUGCGGAGACGACGACGGCGCGGUCGUCGGCCGGGAGUCUGGAGGGGAACGGCUGGACGAGCUCCUCCUGCACGCCGCCGGGUACAUCCUGUGCCUCCAGAUGCAGGUCAGAGUGAUGCAGGUUAUGGUCCAUGCACUGAAUAACCUGCCGGAGGAUUAAUCUUCGUUCCCCGGAUCAUGUGAAUUCCUUCUUUCUUCUUCUUCUUCUUUUCGGUGGCGCUGAGUGCAAAUCAUUGGUUUGUUGAGUGUGGGGAUUGGCGAUAUUGUUCGUGUAUACAUAGAAAUGUAUUCAUACUCAAGCAUGCGUACGUACUGUAUGUGAUUGUGAUGAUAGAGUGUAAUUGUAUACAUAGUUUUAGGGAACCUACUGCCAUCAGCUAUAUGUGACAGGGGAUUCUUUGUGUGCAUGUACGCAAUUGUCUAUGGAGUCAAAGUUGAAACUGAAUUGGGUAGUGUUCAUUUUUUUUCUAA